AUGUCGGCGCCGCAAGCAGAGAGCCUGGAUGGGUUGUCAACGGAGGAGCUGAUCGAGCGGGGCGUGGAGGCCAUGGCCGCCAAGAAGGGGGUGACCGACGACGAAGGCAAGGCUGCCAUCCGCCGCACGCUUCAGGCUCUGCCACCCUCCCACGUGAAGAUCUUCAUUGAGUCGGCUCACAAGCCCCAGGCCAAAGAUUAA